UAUUUAAAAGAAAACGCUGAGGGACAAAGCAAACAAAUCAUUCUUUUGUACUAGGCUUCAAAGCACCGUGUUCUUGGCCUUUCAUUAUUUUCUUCUGAGCUGAAAACCCUUUUUGCAACACUUGACCAGAAAAACACCAAUUCUCAGUCACCGGAAAACAUGGCGGAUUCCGGUGGAGGAUGUUGUAGGUGUUGCUGUAGCUUCAUCUUCACUCUGGGUCUGACUGCACUUUUCAUGUGGCUGAGUCUACGUACUUCCAACCCUAAAUGUUCCAUAAAAUUUUUGUACUUACCAUCACUUAAUAAAACCUUAAACCUCUCAACAGACCCUACCUUAAACUUCACACUUAGGCUAGACAACCCUAACAAAGACAAAGGGAUUAAGUAUGAUCCUGUGAACGUGACGGUCUACGAUUUUUCAAACAGAAGUCAUGUCAUAGGCGGUGGUGUGAUUCAGGGGUUUUACCAGGGUCACAAAAAGAAGGCUACGAAGGAUUCUCAAGGGACUGCUAACACGACAGUGGCUUUACGGGCUGUUUCGGAAAACGGAACGGGGGUUUUCCGGGUGGAUAUGUCGACGGCGGUGAAGUUUAAGAUCAUUUUUUGGUAUACAAAGAAGCAUAAGAUUAGGGUAGGAGCAGAUGUGCUGGUCAACGCUAGUGGUGUUAAAGUUGACCGUAAACUGAUCAGGCUUAAGUCUAUGGCACCAAAGAUGGGAAGUUUUUGUGUGCUGGUGGGAGCUUUGGUGAACUUCUUGGUCUUCACUUUGCUUAGUUUUUGGUGAGUUUUUUUUUUUUUUUGUUUUAAUGCUUUUUAGCAUACUUUGGGAUGUUGGUAUUGUAGAAGAGAAGGAAAAGAAAUGGAAAAUGUUGAUGUUGGUAGCACCUAGCAACAUUGAGAACUGUGAUUCUUUAAUUUCCAGUGAACAUUUGGAUUAAUUGUUUGUUUGAUUCAAUUGCAUUGAAGAAUUUGUUUUUAGAAAGUAGAUGUUUUAUUGUAUGAAGAUUUGAAUUAAGUUCUUUUC